GGCGCAGGCGCGUUUAAUCAGACGCGCGCUGACUCGCCGAGGGCGAGUGGGGAAUUCCAGCAACGUCUCAGUGAAACUUACCUGGCCAGUGAAGGAAGGAACAAACACAGUUGAUAAGUUGUCGUUUCAAGGAGGAAGCUGCCGUAUCAAAUCUUUGCUCAUACACUCACAUUCUUUUGAUUUCUUUCUUUCUUUCUUUGUUUGCUUUGCUUUGCUUUGAAACCUCUCAUGGCGAUGCUCUAGCCUUUGAGGUACCUUCGUUUCAGAAGCGUCUAAACGUCAAAUCUCUCACCACCGCACUUAAAGUCCAUUCCCAGACCCUUACAUUUUCAUCUCGGUUUCGCAAAGGGAGCAUCGAUCUGCAAUGGCUGGCAGAGUGACGGGCUUAAGCAGAUACCAACGGCCACCGCCGCUUCUUUCCCAGAUUCGUGGCUGUGAAAAGCGAAAGCUUGAACAGCAACCUGACGAUGUCAACGCUCCGCCCAUGUCUUCCGAAGAUGAGGCUGAAGACGAUAUACCCUUACCCGCAGACUUGAGGCUGAGACCAAGUGGCUCUCAGUCCCAGACGCCAAUCGAGCAGUCUGAUGAUUCCGAACCAGAAACUUCAGCUCGUGGAGAUAUCAAGCGCACAGCCUUCCGCGACCCGAGUAGCAGUAAAAGUCGUAGGAAUAUCACUCGAAAGGUGAACCAAAAGGAAGAAAAGAUACUGAAAGCAGGAAGCCAUGCGGAAGCAUCUUCCUCGAGCGUGAAACGAAGGAAAGUUGAAGGCAAAUCCGGGAAUGGCUCUGCGAAUCACUUCAACAACUCUUGGGGAUUUACCAAUGCAGGCAACAGCAAAGCAAAAUAUGGGAGCUCACAACCUCGAGGAUCGCAAGCUUCUCGUAGUUCGCAAAGUUCUCAAGUGAAGAAAGGGAAGACAAAAGUGACAAAGGGCGAGCCUAUACAUGAGAAGACCGAAGAAGACGGCGUAUUGCAUAGCUCCCAGACGGAAGAAAAGCCGACUUUCAAACCUGUUUCACAAGAAUCUUUCAGUAGUCCCACAAAGUCGGAGGUUUCUCUAAGACCUGCACCCCGGGAUGACUUGGGGACCCCCAAAAAGAAAGGGAACACAGAAACGAAACCCACAAGCCGCGGUCCAUCUACUACUCCAACAAAAAGCCAUGUAGUUCUCACCACCACCAGGCUUUCACAAAACAGCCAGAGCGGGUCGUGCUCGCCGUCUCAGAAUCGAAUAGGUGUCUGGAAACCAGUGGCCAUCCCUAAGAAACAAAAGGAUCAACCCAAGACGCCCGAGUACAAGCCACCCACAUUCGUUGCGCCAGCCGAGAUUGAUGGGAUGCAGACCAGCAAUAGCGAUAUAGGUAGUACAUCGUCGCCAGUCUUAUCAGAUCUAGAUGAACUUAGCGACACGGAAACCAUCAGCGAGGAGCCCCUUACAGACAAGAACAGUUUGGAAGAUAGAAUGACGAAAUGCCCGUGGUGUGGGGACCUCGUGUCGGAACAGGCUCUCAAGGAUUAUUCUAAGGGGAGGAGACUGAACGUGCUGAUGCAAACAAGGUUCUGUGCUAAACACAAGAAAGAAACUGCCUUGGACACAUGGCGUGAAAGAGGCUAUCCUCAUGUCGACUGGAGCCGUCUUGAAGGCCGACUGGAUGACCAUCGGGCAUACUUGACCAAGAUCGUCAAUGGUAAACAGUCGUUUUUCCGUGAUAUUCUGGCAGAGAAAAUCGAAACAGGCCAGGCGAGGUCACUCAAGAAGGAGGGUAACCUUAACCCAGGUUACUAUGGCCCAAGAGGCUGCAAGCUCAUGUGCGAUUACCUCGUGGAGGAGUUUGGUGAAUCGCUGAAAGAGAAUGCUACAAAAGAUCGUGUCAUCGCCGGUCGUGGUUCUGCAGCCUUUAUCCAGUCGGUGUUGGUAGCUGAACUUGCUGUACAAUUGAUCAUGGAGGAUAUGGAUGUAUCCGCCUCAGAGGCCAGAGAGAUUAUGGAGGAGAGCAAGGCUAUUGGUGAGCUGAUCCACGAAGAAACAUGACAUCUGAAUUUGAAAAUACAGCCAGCAAAUAGAUAUUUAUAUACAUGUAUAAUACGUCAAGAAUAUAAAAGCCGCUCAUGCCCCUUG